AUGCCCAUGAUCUGGGACGCCGCGGCUGAUGCCAAACUCCUCUCCAAAAUCUUCGAAAUCUGCGAAGUCACAGUCGCCGAACCACAAAAGCAGCAGCUAGCCUCCAUUAUGGGCUGCACACCAAAAGCCAUCACCCACCGCAUUGCCAAGAUCAAGAAUGCCAAUGGAUCCAGCGGACCGGCUGAGGUGAAGAAGGGUGGUGGGGUCAAGAAGGUCUCCACGAAGGGUAAGGGGUCCAAGGGUCUGAAGCAGGUUGCUGGCGCUUCUGAGGAUCAGGAUGAUGCGGAGGGUGAAGAGGAUGGUGCUGGAGCUCUUACUCCGCCACCGAGCGGAAGGGGUAGUAAGAAGCGCAAGAUUAAGGCGGAGCCGUCUGAAGAUGGGGAUGGGAUUGAGAUGGGGGAGGAUAUUGGAGAAGGUUUGAGGAAGGGUAGGGAUGGGGCUGAGAGUGAGGAUGAGUUUUGA